CCCACGGGCUGAGAGGUGGUACUAGGUACAGCAGGAGUUUGCUGCCAGACACAAACUUGCCCGGCAGGAAAGAGGGGGAAGAAGCAAGCCGCCUCCGAGGAGGGUCGCCCGCCUUGAGUUUCCUCUGGGACCACCUCCCCGCCCCGCAAGGUCCUAGCUGCGGCCUUCGCCACCAGCCUGGUGCACCGGGAGGGGCUAGCGCGGCCUUUCCGGGGUGGGCGGGCUGCUAGCUUGGGUCCGCCCCCGGUUGCCGGGGUAACACGGAAGUCGGUCCCGGGCCGCCCUGCCGGGCCCAGCGCCUCAGCACAGCGAGCUUGGGCACCCUCCCGGACCACCUGUGUGCUCGGCUCGGGCCGGACACUCCGCCCUCGUCACCGCCGAGACCCCGCCGCCCCACGGCCCCCGCAGCCGCCCGGCCAUGAAGCCCAACUUCUCGCUGCGACUGAGGGUCUUUAACCUCAACUGCUGGGCCAUUCCCUACCUGAGCAAGCACCGAUCCGAUCGCGUGAAGCGUCUUGGGGACUUUCUAAACAUGGAGAGCUUCGACCUAGUGCUCCUGCAGGAGGUGUGGAGUGAGCAGGACUUUCAGUUCCUGCGACAGAAGCUGCUGCCCACCUACCCGGCUGCACACUAUUUCAGGAGCGGCAUCAUUGGCAGCGGUCUCUGCGUGUUCUCCAAACACCCAAUCCAGGAAUUCACCCAGCACGUGUACACCCUCAAUGGCUACCCCUACAUGGUACACCACAGUGACUGGUUCUGCGGGAAGGCUGUGGGCCUGCUGGUGCUUCACCUAAGCGGGCUGGUGCUCAACGCCUAUGUAACCCACCUCCACGCCGAGUACAACCGACAUAAGGACAUCUACCUAGCACAUCGUGUGGCCCAAGCUUGGGAACUGGCCCAGUUCAUCCACCACACAUCCAAGAAGGCUGACGUGGUUUUGUUGUGUGGGGACCUCAACUUGCACCCAAAGGACUUGGGCUGCCGCCUACUGAAGGAGUGGACGGGUCUGCAGGAUGCCUACCUCGAGACGCGGGACUUCAAGGGUUCUGAAGAAGGGUGUACAAUGAUCCCCGAGAACUGCUACGUCAACCAACACGAGCUGGAGCCAUUCCCCUCAGGCAUCCGCAUUGACUACGUGCUGUUCAAGGCAGUUUCUGGGUUCUACAUCUCCUGCAAGACUCUGAAGACCACUAUCGGCAAUGACCUUCACAAUGGCAACCCCCUGUCUGACCAUGAAGCCCUGAUGGCUACUCUGUGUGUGAGACACAGCCCUCCCCAGCACAACCCCAGCCCUGCCUCUGGAUCUCUAGAUCAGCCGCCAUUAAUCAAUGUGCUGACCGAGGCCUGGAACGAGUUAGACCUGGGAAUGGUGCAAGCUCGCUGGUGGGCCACCUUCGCUGGCUACGUGAUUGGGUUAGGGCUGCUACUGCUGGCAUUGCUCUGUGCCCUGGCGGCAGGAGGCGGCAUCAGGGAAGUUGCCAUCCUGCUCUGGACCCCCAGUGUCGGGCUGGUGCUGGUGGCCGGCGCAGUCUACCUCUUCCACAUACAAGAGACCAAGAAUUUGUCUCGGGUCCGGGCUGAGCUCCAGCAUUUUCUGGGAAGGGCAAGGGAAGCCCAGGACCCGAGUCCGUCAUCCCAGCCAGCCCUGCUCCUGGGGCAGCAGGAGGGAGACAGAGCUGAGGAACAAUAAAGUUGGACA